UCGAGUUCUUUUGGCCUCUAAACUUCCUACCUUCUAAGCCGGAUAUCAGGGAAGCACGGAUCCUCACAUAUGGCUACCGUGCAAGUGUUCGUCCUGGAAGCUGGGAAAGUACAAUUGGUAUACCAGCUAUUCUUGCGGGACCCCGUUUUUCAGCUCACCUUCAGCAGAGACUCCCAGCGCUUCUAUGAUGCACGAGGUAAUUACAGCACUGUCUGGGGACCCGAUUUCUUGGCCCGUCUUGCCAAUAACUCAGAGGAUCCCAAUCAUAACGGUGAUGCUAAAAUGCUGGAUGAGCUUUCCCUCCAUGCUGAGCCUGACAAAGUGGAGGUGCUCUCAGCGCAAUCUGCAAGUGAACCUUUAUUGUUUCGCGACAAAGAAUGGUGUUUCUGUAAUUUGUGAGAUUCGGCGCACAAGCGUAUUCGAACUUGAGAGGAUUCCAUCCUCUACGUUCGUUAGCAGAAUAGCGUGGAGUGAGGAUGAAAAGCUGGCUGCGACGGUCAUUCGUUGGGGGAGGCUUUCGGUCAGAAAAAUUUCAACCUAUGAGUCAAAGACACUAUCACCCGGCAGGCUGAUCUAGAGUUUGGCUUUGCAAUUUGUCGUCAUGGAGGCAUUGGCAAGUUUUUUUUUUUUUUCUUCCAACCAUCUGGCCACAAUCUAUUCAUCGCCUACAGCGUUGCACUCUGUCAAUCUUAAUUCCAUAUACGUCGUGAAAUCGACAGUCCCAUCAGAAAUGUCGAGUACCAAAUGGACCAAUCACCCCGA